AUGGCCAAGAAAAUAGAUUUUGGCAAUGAGUUGAACUUCGCUGAUCUCUGUGAGGAUAUUUCAGAUCAGUUUUUAUCACUAAUCAAAGACUAUCGAGGUCAACCAGUAGUUUCACUCAAAGAAGCCAUUAAACCAGUUUCUGGAUUUUUCCAUAAAAUUGGCGAUGAUGUUUCUGUUGCAUUAAACCUUGGUCGGCAUCCACUUGACGGUUUAACUCAAGACGAAGCAGCUUCUAUUCAUUUAUAUUCAAUGGAAUUAUGUGAUGGGCGAAGUUUUUAUCGCUCACUCAAUGAAUCAUUACGUGUUGAAAAUUCUGAAGCAUUGAAAGCUUGGUUUCCAUUUCUAAAAUUAUUACUUACAGCUCUGCACAAAUUACCAUUACAUAGCGGAGCAGUAAGAUGUGAUACUCAAAGUGUUGACUUGAGUUCAAAAUAUAAAACGGGUGCAAAAUUUACUGAUCGUGGAGUAAACGCUUCUACUGCUUAUGUUGAUAUACUUGAAUCCGAUCAAUUUUGGUGCAGACAUGGUUUGGUCGUUCAUAAGCAACGUUUGUUGUCUCCAUUGAUAUUAAAGAUGGUGAAUCUAAUCAAAUCGGUCAAAGAGUUACCUCAAAAAAGAAUAAUAUCGAUGAUAUCGGUGAUUCCGGACAUGGGAAACAAUCCUAGAAUAUCAUCGAAAGGGAUGAGCGUUGCUGAAGAUCAUCAAGAAGGCGGUGGAGCUAAUCGCUGCCACCGCCUUUUCGAUCUCUUCGUUGAUGAUGAUCAUCAAAAGAGCACCAUUGAUAGGUGCAAUCAUCGUAUCUUACAAUGGAAAAUGAGUGGUACGAAUGACCGAAUGGUAUCUAAUAGCCAUGAGCAAGGAAAUCGAUUGAAUUACUCAGUCGACAUACUGAUCGACAAUGAAACGCGUAGUCGCAUUAUUUGUGAUCGAAACAAUCGACGAUGGUCUAGUCUUAAUGGUAUCACUCCAGACAAUGCCCUCCUCGACAACAUCGUUUGUCGAGGAUUAGCAAUGGAUGAACAGAGACGCCUGCAUAUCACUGACACGCACCAUCAUUGCAUGAUGGUGGUGCGUGAAAGGUGCAAAAGAAGGUAUUGUCAUCCGAGGGUGUCAACCCAAAACUUUGAUGCUGUCGACGAAUUGUCGAAUAGUCGACAACUCUUCGUUGAUCCGUUGGGUACACUCUAUGCAGUAUACUACGAGACUUAUCCAGUGAUUACUUGGUCACAUACGGCAACACAUGAUAAUGUAAUUGUGGGUGGAAAUGGUAAAGAAAACAAAACAAAUCAAUCCAACGACAAUUUAUACAAUCGAUGUUUUGAAACAUCAAGUUCAACAUGUUUCUAUUCAAUAGAUACAACAAUAUUGCUCAUGUUUUUUUUCCUAUUAAAUAAAUAUCGAGAAAUUAAAAUGAAGUAA